CAGCCCCUUUGGCUCCGCCCCGGCAGCGCUCGCGGAGCCCGGUGGGGCGGCACCGGGCAGCGACCGGGAGCGCGACUGGGACCGGGAGCGGGAGCGGGACCCGGACCCGGCCGGGAUCCGCCUGGACCGCGGCCGCCAUGUGGCCGCUCCGCCUGGGCAGGGCCCUGCAGCGAUGUGGUGGCUGGGGGGGUACCUGCAGCCAGCGGGCACAGCACGGCACCGCCGCGGCCGCUGCCACGGGGCACGUGCCCGCCUGGACGGGGCAGGAGAGCCUGGCCGAGAGCGACCCCGAGAUGUGGGCCCUGGUGCAGAAGGAGAAGGAUCGGCAGUGCCGGGGGCUGGAGCUCAUCGCCUCUGAGAACUUCUGCAGCCGGGCAGCACUGGAAGCCCUGGGCUCCUGCCUCAACAACAAGUACUCAGAGGGGUACCCUGGCAAGAGGUACUACGGGGGAGCCGAGGUUGUGGACCAGAUCGAGCUCCUGUGCGAGCAGCGCGCGCUGGAGGCGUUCGACCUGGAUCCUGCGCGCUGGGGCGUCAACGUUCAGCCCUAUUCGGGGUCCCCGGCCAACUUCGCAGCCUACACAGCCCUGCUGCAGCCCCACGACCGCCUCAUGGGGCUGGACCUGCCUGAUGGGGGCCACCUCACGCACGGGUACAUGUCGGACGUCAAGAGAAUCUCAGCAACAUCCAUCUUCUUCGAGUCGAUGCCCUACAAACUCAAUCCAGCCACGGGGCUCAUUGACUAUGAUCAGCUGGAGGUGACAGCUCGCCUCUUCCGUCCUCGCCUCAUCAUCGCCGGCACCAGCGCCUACGCCCGCCUCAUCGACUACGCUCGCAUGAAGAAGGUGUGCGAGGAGGUGAAGGCGUACCUGCUGGCGGACAUGGCUCACAUCAGCGGGCUGGUGGCAGCCAAGGCCAUCCCUUCGCCCUUCGAGCACGCGGACGUGGUCACGAGCACCACACACAAGACCCUGCGCGGCGCCAGGUCAGGGCUCAUCUUCUACCGCAAGGGCGUGCGCUCGGUGGAUAAGAAGACAGGCAAGGAGAUGCUCUACGACCUGGAGGACAGGAUCAACUUCGCUGUCUUCCCCUCCCUCCAAGGGGGACCACACAACCACGCCAUCGCCGCGGUGGCCGUGGCCCUCAAACAGGCCAGCUCGCCAGCCUUCCGCCACUACUGCCAGCAAGUGCUGAAGAACGCCAAAGCCAUGGCACAGGCCCUGCUGCAGCGCGGGUACACCCUGGUGUCAGGCGGCACCGACAACCACUUGGUGCUGGUGGACCUGCGGCCCAAGGGCAUCGACGGCGCGCGGGCCGAGCGCGUCCUGGAGCUCGUCUCCAUCACUGCCAACAAGAACACGUGCCCGGGGGACAAGAGCGCGCUCACGCCAGGAGGGCUGCGCCUGGGUGCCCCCGCGCUCACAUCCCGCCACUUCCACGAGGAGGAUUUCCAGAAGGUCGUGGCUUUCAUCGACGAGGGCAUCGCGCUGGCCCUGGACGUCAAGAGCAAAACCGGCAAGCUCCAGGAGUUCAAGACGUUCUUGCUGCAGGAUGCAGAGACGCAGCAGCGCUUGGCUGACCUGCGCCAGCGCGUGGAGACCUUUGCUCGUGCCUUCCCCAUGCCCGGCUUCCGUGACCGCUGAGCUGGGGCUUCAAACCACCCUUUGCAUUCCCCACUCCUCUUUCUCCCCCUGUAGCGCCUUUGGGCGCUGCUUCCCUGGGGUGGGGAGCAGCGUCCCCCUUCCCCAUCCUGCUCUCAGUGUUAGGGUACAGAGACACCCCCCUAGAUGCUGAUGGGAGAGGCCCAAGUCCUUGCUCCAACCUCUCUGGCCAAGCAAAUCUUGCACUUUUCUAGGGGAAGGGGGUUGCUAAUAAAAGCGGGGCAGAGCUG